ACAUUUUAAUACAUAUGUGUAGUAUUAUUAUUAGGGGAAAAAAAUUAUUAAAUAUAUUUCUACCUAAUCCUCUAAAGAAAAAGCUCCUAAUAGGAGCUUUUCCAUUUUGAGAGUUUUCAUUCCAAAAUUUCUCUAAAACUAUCUUUUACCAAACACCCCUUUUAGAGUUUCUGACUAGUCAUAACUCUAAAAGUGGUCCAAAUCUCUCUUUUUGCUCCAAAACUCUAAUUGCCAAACACCCCAUAAUCUCUAAAGUUGACAAGAAAAUAUAAAGAAGUCAAUGUUAUGUUUAUAGAAGAAGGGAGGAAGUAGGAAACCUAUCUCACCUAUUGACCUAAACACAUCCUAUUGACCUAAACACAAUCCCUAUUUUUUUUAAGGAAAGUAGGAAACCUAUCUCACCCAAAAAUAAAAACAAUUAAAAAUUCUUCACAAAUGUACAAUUUACAAAGCUAAAACUAACAGAAAAAAAGGUAGAAAAGUGUUUUGGGUCAGAAAAGGAAAGAAUAAAUAUAGACAUUGAACCAUUAUAACAAACCAGAAGAGAGAGCGUUGAGUGACGUUGUAAGUUCAUUUAAUUUCUUCAUCUGUCACCAUUCAUUGCUACUUCUCUCCCUUUAAAUCUCCUCUCCUCUCUUUUUCUUCCUUAUUGUAACCACAUCUCAUUCAGUCAAUUUCUCUCCUCACUUUAUGCUUAUACAUUACACCAAAUAUUUAGACAAAAAAAAAAACAUACAAGAUGGCCCCAAAAUUACUAACAUUAGUGAAGCUCACAUACAUAAAACUAUGUUACCAAUGUGUAGUUAACCACUUCUUCACUAUUAUACUUAUUCCAAUCAUACUUAGCGUCAUAUUCCAACAAAAACCAAGCAAAAUCAUUACCAUUAUUUUCACUACACUUAAACAACUUAAUUCUUAUGAAAUCCUUUUUACUUUUAUGGUCGUCAUCUUGGCGCUCACUUUCUACUACAUGUUACGCCCUCGAUCAGUUUACUUAGUAGAUUACGCUUGUUAUAAACCACCUUCGUUGCUUAGAGUUCCCUUUUCGUCGUUCAUGGAACACUCAAAUCUUAUCGUUCAUAACCAAAAAAGCGUAGAGUUUCAAAUGAAGAUCUUAGAGCGAUCCGGGUUAGGCGAAGAGACAUGUUUACCACCUGCCAUUCAUUACAUCCCACCCGACCCAAGUAUGGCAGCUGCUCGACACGAAUCGGAGGUGAUCAUCUUUAGCUGCCUAGACAAACUGUUUGCUAACACGCGUCUUAAGGCGAAGGACGUCGAUAUUUUGAUCGUAAACUGUAGUUUAUUCUCCCCUACGCCGUCUUUGUCGGCUAUGGUAGUGAAUAAAUACAAGUUAAGGAGUAAUAUAAAGAGCUUUAACUUGUCUGGGAUGGGAUGUAGUGCAGGGCUUAUAUCAGUAGACUUGGCUAAGGAUCUUCUUCAGGCUCAUGCUAACUCUAAUGCAAUAGUAGUUAGCACUGAGAUUCUUACACCCAAUUAUUACCGUGGGAGCGAAAGAGCAAUGCUCCUCCCAAACUGCCUGUUUCGAAUGGGAGGUGCAGCGGUUCUCUUAUCAAACAAGGUGGCGUACAGAAGGCGGUCCAAGUACCGCCUUCUGCACGUAGUAAGGACACAUAAAGGGUCCGAUGAUAAAGCUUUCAAGUGUGUAUCUCAAGCGGAAGAUAAAGAGGGUCAUGUUGGGAUUUCUCUUUCUAAGGAUCUAAUGACUAUUGCUGGUGAAGCACUAAAAACUAACAUUACAACAAUGGGUCCUUUGGUACUUCCAGCAUCUGAACAACUCCUUUUUUUACUCUCCCUCAUUGGAAGAAAGCUCAUUAACGCUAAAUGGAAGGCUUACAUACCCGAUUUUAAGCAGGCGUUCGAGCAUUUUUGCAUCCAUGCUGGUGGAAGGGCGGUUAUAGAUGAGCUACAGAAGAACCUUCAGUUGUGCGCUGAACAUGUGGAAGCUUCUAGAAUGACACUCCAUAGGUUUGGGAAUACUUCAUCAUCGUCGUUGUGGUAUGAGUUGGCUUACAUUGAGGCCAAAGGGAGGAUGAACAAGGGAGAUAGGGUUUGGCAAAUUGCAUUUGGAAGUGGAUUUAAGUGUAACAGUGCAGUUUGGAAGUGCUUAAAAACUGUUAAAACUCCAAUUAAGGAUAGCCCUUGGCUUGAUUGUAUUCAUAAGUAUCCUAUUCAUAUUCCAGAUGUUGUCAAGCUUUAAGCGGAAGAUUCACAAAGUGUUAUUUCAUCUCUCUCUCUCUUUUUUUUUUUUUUCUGCUAGUGAAUUAGUUUAUCUAUCAGUAUGUCUGUCAAGCUUUAAUGAAUAAACUGUAUUUUUGAGGGUUGUUCGAUUCUUA